CCAAAUUUCAUUUUAUGCAAAUAUGACAGGUAACAAAAGAGGGCUUUUUAAAGAUGAGAUUAACAUUUUCAAAGACAAAGUCUUUAUUACGUUUAUAAUAAUUAUCAUGUUAUUAUUGUUGUUUUAUGCUAAACUUUAUGCUUGUCUUUACCGAAUAUUGUAAACAAACUAAUAAAGAAUGAACACACCUUCUUUAUGUACGAGUUAGCAAGAACGAAACGCAACUAUAUGGUCAUAAAAACGUUUUACAUUAACUUCAAUUGUUACGGUUGAAUGAAAAGGGAUUAGACGACAUUGAUUAAAUAUUUUUGUUAACGACGAUCGACGCGAACUUGGUUGUGUUGAAAGAAUGUCAGAAGAGAAACGUCGAGGAGAAGAUGUGGAAGAUGGAGGUCCUGGUCUUGUUUACAUGCCGUUUGUUAUCAUGGAAGAAAUCCUGGACAAACUUAGGCUUCUCGAUUACGAAAGGGAGUUUCAAAUGAAGUUGAAAAUGAAACCGAUUUCAAGACAUUACUUCGCUAUUCCUACAAAUCCAGGAGAACAGUUCUUCAUGUUUACAUCCAUAUGCGCGUGGCUUCUUCAGAAAUCAGGACGGAAUUUUGAACAACCACAAGAAUAUGAUGAUCCCAACGCUACGAUUUCCAGCAUUUUAGAAGAGCUACGUCAUUAUGGCCAUUCAGUGGAUUUCCCUCCUUCAAAAUUAAAACAGGGUUGUGGAGAACAUUGUAUCUAUGUGAUUGAUAAAUUAGCAGAUGAAGCCUUAAAGUCUUCAGGAUUUAGCUGGAAGAGACCGGACUACCCAGAGGAGGAGCUGGAAGAGGAAAAUGUCGUGGAAGAUGAUGCAGAGCUCACUCUAAAUGAAGUUGAAAAAUCUAUUUUCCAGAAUGAAAUGGAAGAGGAAGAAUUUGAGGAAGAGGAGCAAAUCUUGGAUUUAGAAGGACUGAAGAGACUCAGCCAGAAGAAUCAACAAAUGGAACAUUCCAAACCAGAGGAGAUAUUGGAAUCCACAACUGAUGCUGCCGCCUGGAAGCUGGAAGUGGAACGGGUCCUACCACAGCUGAAAGUGACCAUCAGGAAAGACAACAAGGAUUGGAGAGACCAUGUGGAACAGAUGCACCAACAUAAGGAUGGCAUUGAGUCUUCACUGACAGAAACUAAAUCUUAUCUUGAUAAACUACAUGAUGAAAUUACCCGUACGCUUGAAAAAAUAGGAAGUCGAGAAAAGUACAUCAAUAAUCAGCUGGAACAUUUGCUAUCGGAAUAUCGAGCAGCACAGGACCAGCUCUCAGAAACAAAAGAAAGGUAUCGUCAGGCCAGUGGAGGAGUCACUGAACGGUCUCGCAUGCUGGCAGAUGUCACAGAGGAACUGGAGCGGGUCAAGAUGGAGAUGGAAGAUCGGGGUAGCAGCAUGACAGAUGGAGCUCCACUUGUGAAGAUCAAACAAGCCAUACAGAACCUCAAGAAGGAGAACGUCCAGAUGGAAAUCCGAAUCGGAGUAGUGGAGCAUGUUCUACUCCAGGCAAAAUUGAAAGACAAAACCUCACAAAAUAAAGAGGUUCACAGUAACAAGACCCAGGACACAUUUGACUAUAAUGCUUAUUGAAUCUCUGGGGAGUGAACAUUGGUUAUGUAGGCCUAUGUGAUAAUUUAUAUGUCCAACUGUAUUUUGAAAAACAAUGGUAGAUGUACAUAAAUUUGAUGUAGGGAAGGAACUCUGUAUUGUUACAAGAUCUGAUGUACUUGUAUUCUGUUUUAGUGCUGUAAGUAUGUAAGUUAUACAUGAUUAUUAAAACUGUCAUUUUUCCAACUUUU